AUGAUUCUCUCAGCUUCAAAAGCCCUCUCCUUGCUCCUGAGCUCAUCGCUCUUUGUUGCGUCAGUAGCGGGGUUGGAUCUGAAAGACUACAACCCCUGCGGUACUGUCGUGACUGAUGAGGAUAUCUCGAACUCCGAGGCCGCACUCGCAAGGCUGCGCAUUCCCCGACAAAGCACCAUCCAGGAGUAUAACUUCGGCGUCUACUUCAACAUUGUUGCUUCCAACAUGACGACUGAAGGUGGAUGGGUUCCGCAAAGCCAAAUCGACGAUCAGAUGACAUUGCUGAACGAGCGAUACGUUGGAACUGGUGUUAGCUUCACCCUCCUCAAUGUGACGCGGGUUAUCAGCCGCUACUGGCAUGAGACAAUAGACUCGGACUUGCCGCAAACCGCUGACAUGUACAGGCUGUUCCGCAAGGGCAGGUCUACUUCCUUGAACGUCUACUCCGUCGGUUUCUAUGAUGCCGGCCUGAACGGGUAUGCCACCCUCCCUGUUAGCUACAGGACGAGCCCGACACGAGAUGGUGUCGUGCUGCUAUACGCCACGUUCCCCGGAGGCACCAGCCCCAACCGACAGGGCGGCACCCUCAUCCAUGAAGCCGGCCACUGGCUUGGUCUCCGCCACACCUUCCAGGGCGGCUGCACUGGUGUUGGUGAUGGUGUCGCAGACACGCCUCCUCAGGGACAGGCUAACUUCGGAUGCCCAAUCGGUGCUGAUUCGUGCCCCGGAGACGGCUUGCCUGACCCCAUCCAUAACUACAUGGACUAUACCGACGAGACCUGCCGUACGGAGUUCACCCCCGGCCAAAUCGACCUUAUGCAGAGGUCGAUACGUGCCUUCCGUGACGAUCCCAAUGUGUAA